CACGGAGCAGCGAGGCGCCGCAGCGCACGGCCGCCCUCGCGCCAUCGGCUGAGUCGGCGACGUUUCGCAACGGGAGAGCGACCGCCGCCGGCACCACCGACGACGACUGAAGAAACAUGCUUUCUCCCUGCAAGGACGACGGCGGCGCUUCGCAGGCGCACCACCGCCCGUCGUGGACGCCGACUGCGCUCGGCGCCGGGUCGUCUCGUCCGAUGCACGCGGCGCCAGGAACGAGAUGCUGAAGAUCGGCUGACGAGUGGCCGCGCCGUCCGAUGCCGCUGAGCCGCUGCCGCUGCUGGCCGAGGCUUGGCGCGGCCAAGGUCUGCGCCAGCGCGCUCGGCUCCCUAGCCCUGUUCCUGCUUCUGAUAUCGAGGCCCACGCCGGCCUCCGUCAACCAGCACCACCACUACCGCCCAAACCCGUCCGUCGGCAAGUCCUCCGGCAACGACGACCUCUGGACGGGACCCCCGGCUUGGAUCGUGCUCCGGGACAACGUCACGGUCCACCGGGGCGUGGCAGCCAACCCGCACAACUACUCGUACCUACUGGACAACCCCCAGGUCUGCGGCGACUCCGACAACGACGAGGGCGACAGGCCUCCGCUCCUGGUCGUGCUCGUCGCGUCCAACGCCAGGAACGGCGCCGAACGCCGACAGGCCAUCAGGGACACCUGGGGACAGAAGUCCCUGCAGAGGGCGCUCAACUUCCGCGUCGUGUUCCUGUUGGCCGACCCGGGAGAGGCCGCGCUCGCGCAGGACCUGUUGGCCGAGAACUACGCGUACGGCGACCUGGUGCAGGAGGACUUUGCCGAGAGCUUCGAGAACCUGGCACUCAAGUCGGUGAUGGGACUCAAGUGGUUCGUGACGCGCUGCCCCGGUGCCGCGUUCGCUCUUAAGACGGACGACGACAUCUUCGUGCACGUGCCCAACCUUCUCAGUGCGCUGGACGGGCCGUCCAUGGAGGACGCCAUCUUGUGCCACUCGAACCCGGUGCGCCGCAUCCUGCGUCACGGCGAGGGCCCGCUGCCCAACCGCUACCUCAAGUACUGCGUGCCCCGGGACCAGCUUCCCGGAGAGCUGUUCCCGCGCUACUGCGGGGGCUUCGCCUACGCCUUCUCGCAGUCGUCGGCGCGGAGGCUGUACCAGGCGUCCCAAGCGACGCCCACGUUCUUCAUCGAGGACGCCUACGUGACGGGCUUCUGCCGCCUCAAGGCCGGCCUGCGCACCCUCGAGCACCCGGGCAUCACCCUCAAGCCGAGGGUGACUCUAGCCCGGGCGAGCUGCGCUUUCACCCGAGAGAGCAGGAUCACCUCGCACGAGCUGGGACCGCGCGACAUGCGCCUGCUGUGGCGCGAAGUGAACACGCAGGCCUUCUUCUGUCCGCGACUGUUGGGCGUCAUCAAAAGUCCAACCACUCGGUGACGGCGCGACUCGAAAGCGAGCGCUGUACGAACGCCUUCCAAUCGGGCAACUCCAGGCUGGACGAAGCGAGCUCAGCUAGCCAUGUGACUGACGGACGCCAUUGUACCUUGCGCACUUGCGCGCCUUUAUACGCCACGGCUUGACGGAACCCGUACUCUUCGGCGCCCCUCGCUAGUCAGUUCGCGCGUCUCUUCAAGAGUUUCUCAAGGUGAAGAGAUUGCUGUGCGCGUUUAAAAGACGCUAAGUGAUCGUACCAGCGUUGGGCAGCAAAAGUUGGUCACCCGUUUAAACCAGCAGCCAUGUGCAAACACUUUCCCCUUACUACCAACCAGCGCAGGAGCUGUGUCCAAGUGGCAGCUGCGCAGGUCCGUGGUGCAUCAUGAACUGGCACCGGCAGCUUCUACGCAAGUGCACCCUUUUAGAUGACAACGAUGAACUAUACUAAAACCAACGCCUGUCACAGAUUGGUCACCAGACCAAGAGUCUGCAAUGCAUUGACUGGUGUUUCAGUAAAGGACACACUGCCAGAUUAGUGUAAAAACAAAACACUUAACAGAAGAAUCAGCACUACACACCAACAGUGGUGCACACAAUCCCCAUCUAGCUAACUGAUGCAUGUCUAAAAUUGCACUCUUGGCAUGCAAUUUGUAUUACAUGGCACCUGAUCAAGUAUUUCUGGACCACAGUAGGCUCCAGCAAGAAUCCUUAUGGUAAGAGUGGUACAUGAACUUUCAAGCACAGGACAAGUUUCCAACAGCUGCAUAGAUGGUGUUCGUGCAAUUCAAGACAAAGGGACACGCAUCAGCUUUAGUCUUGCACAAACAAUGCUUUUAUUGUGCUACUCAUGGCAGCGGGAAGUUUACACAGCAACAGCUAGUCGUCAUCGUUGCCUCCAGACCUGCAGAGUCGAGGACACUAGCACAUACUGUGCAGCCGCGAGCACGUGGGCCAUGGUGUGUGUGUGUGGUAGUCUCAAGAAUCUUCGAAGCCAGCCAGCCUGCACAGAACUUGUGCACAAGGCAUCACUAUUGGGCAUCUCCUAGAAGCAAUGAUACCCAACUAAUGCGAGUUGCACCUCCUGGGACCCACACGAAAAAAAGACAACAGCACUUGUAAAAGACUGUUCAACAUAGUGCCACUGAGUGCCCAGUGACUGAACUUCACUUCAACAAAACACUACUUUAAUGAGUUCCGGGAGUGGGAGUCAUCGAUAGUACUAAGUGCCACACUUCACACGAGUUUGUGCAGCUACCACGAAUGGUCAAGUACAAGUGUUCUGCGAAGCAAACAGCCAGCCACCGCAGCAAAUGACGGGCCCAACUCCAGCAUUUUCAAGCAUCAUUUUGAAUGUAUAAUGUGAAUCAUUAUGUUAAUUAAAGGGCAUUACGACUUCCCU